CUGUCAGAUCGAUAUCGUUCAUGAAAACACGCGGUUUAUGUAGAUGAUUGCAACUGUGUUUCUAGUUCAUCGUUUUUGUGCCUGUGAGAAUUUAAAACAAAAAUAACGCAAAAACAUGGUUAACGUUGAGCCUGCGUUCCCUCGUGGCCAAUAUAAACCACAGCAGGAUGUAAAGAAUCGUGUGAAAAAACCUAAAACUUCGAAAAAGCAGUAUGGCGCUACGAUUUUACCAGAAGAAAAGGCUUUUCGACUUCGCCCCGAAGAGCGUCGCAAACUAAAGUUGAGUGAAAAUAGGUACGAAGACACUGAGGAUCAACAAUCAUUGGAUGCUUCGAAUCUUACGGUCAGCAUGAUAUCGACCGGCAUGCUCGUGCUGGGCUGUGUGAAACGUAUCAACAAAACUGAUAUGGAGCUUUCAUUCCCUGGGCGUAUUAAGGGUUCUGUGCCAAUUUCAAAGAUAUCUGAUGCGUACUCCAAACGACUGCAGCAGAUGGUCAACUUUGAAUCCGCCUAUUGCCCAUCGUUGAAUGAUUUGUACAGUGUCGGAGAUAUGGUGUACGCAAAGCUGACCGAAAAAAAAAUUUCCGGUACGUUGCAGUUGUUCUUUUCGCUGAAGCCAACCGAUUUGCAUAGCCAAUAUGUUAACUCGCAGCUCGUCGCUGGUCUGAUUUUGGUGGCAUCAAUCGUCGAAAAGGAGGAUCAUGGGUACACCAUGGACAUCGGUAUACACAACGUGCGUGCCUUUCUAUCGGAUAAAAAUCUUGGCCAAAAUCGCGACGACAUAGGCCGUAACCUGUUUUGUUCGAUAGAAUCGGUGUCGCAGCAUGGUACUGGAGCAACGGUCCUUCUGAAGGCUUUAGAUCCGGAUGCUCCCCGGGUGCUGGAUGUUGAGCAGGUCGACCUGGGGAUGGUAGUACCAGGGUGCAAACUAAUGUUCACCGUUGGUGAACCAGUAAAGUUCGGUUUACAGGGAAUGCUGUUUGAUGAUACGGUUCCCGCAUUCGUAAAUGAAACCAUGCUCACCAAGGUAACGAGCACGCCGAAAAAGUACAGCAUGUUCAAGAAGCUACCCGCUACACUGCUGUACGUAAUACCGAGCACGAAUCAGAUAUUUGUUUCGUUGCGACCGUACCCCAACAAUCGGGUCGAAAUUUAUGAGACAUAUAGGCACGGUGCGACAAUUGAGAAAGCUUUCGUAAAAGCUAUCGAUGGUAUCGGAGUAUGGUUCCAGUUCCAGAAUAAGCAUCGCGCUUUACUUCUUCGGAAGUUCAUCAUAAAACGAGCUGAAUCGUUGGGUCGGUUUGACGAGAGCGUCGUAAUGGGAAAGUAUCAAAUCGAUACAGCCCACAAGUUGUCUAUAAUUUACCACGAUCCACUCGAAGACACGUACAUUGUCAGUGAUGAUCCCUCGCACGUUGAUGAAAUGAUAAUGACCCCGAACGAUAUCGUUAUCGGAAAUAUUUACAAAUGCCACGUACUAAACAUAGUCGAACAAGGAGCACACGUGCGUGUUGGCAAUGUAAGAGGAUCGCUGUUUUACGAGUAUUAUGAUCGAUCACACCCGGUUAAACCGAAUGAUACCAUAUUAGUGCGAGCUGUUUACCGAGAACCUGGUAACGGGUACGUAAAAUUUACCAACCAUCCGGCGUUCUUGGACGAGAAGGCUAGCAUUUUAUAUGAAUGGGAACAGCUGGAUGCCACAAAGGAUGAGCAGACUUUUCUCGGUGUCAUUUCCAGAAUAUUAGACAAUAACAACAUUAUCGUAAGAUUCUUUAACGGUAUAACCGCCAAGAUGGAUAAUCCCUACAGAAACCCAAAAUGCGAUUUUGCCAGAAUUGCUAAACUGCGUGAGGGUACCGUAGAAAAAUUCACUGUAACUAAUUUCGAAAACGAAACGAAACGGAUCUUUCUUAAACUAGCGCCCACUGAAGAAACGAUUCAAUCGGCUGUCGUCGUUAAUGCCAUCGUUUUAUAUGUACAUGCCACCGGUAUUGAUGUGCGGACGGAGGAUGGCGAGACUGGCACCAUCCCAUCAGAAUGUUUUUCCGAAUUUGGUGAACAUAACUCACUUUACAUGCGACUACUGCAGGAAGGUACAACGCUUACCGUAGUCAGGACAAACCCCGGUACGUACAGCUUCCGAUUGGUACCGUACUUCAAGACGCAUCCCAUGAACAUCGAAUCCGUGCGAAGAGGUGCUCUGUUGAAGGGCAACUGCAUUACCGUGAAUGGUGUGCUGUAUGUAACUCCGUUGCUUAGCAACUUCUCGCAACGAUACGAGAUAAAGAUGAAGGAGAAUUAUCGUAAAGUUGAGGAUGGUUCCGUCAUGAUGAUGCAUGUGUUAAAUGUAAAAAACAAAUCGGAGAAAGAUUACACCAUGGACGUGAGCACCGCACUAGAUGUUGUGGCCGGAAAUGGAAUUGACGACGUUUACCAUUUCAUGAUGGAAUAUUUUAAGGACGUUAAAGCUUUGAUUGAAAGAUAUCAAGAAGAAAAAUAUCCCUUUGCCAACUAUACCAUCGGUCAGCAUGUCGAGUGUGUAGUCGAGAGCAUCGUUCCAGAAUCCAACAAAAUAGCUAUCGAGGUGCAUGCGAUCAAUAAGCAAUCAAAACACGCCGCUGCAAAAGGCAUUGCCACAAUUGUCCUGCCCGAUAAGCCCGCCUCGUUAUACAAGGUCGGCCAAAAGGUUCCCGGGCGCGUUGUGUGGAUUGAUGUGGAGCGAAAGCUGGUACAUGUCUGUUUGGAUAAACCGCUGUUUGAACGGAUUGCACCACUAGAUGCAAAUACGAAGGUACAAAAAUCGAAAGUGCAGCAACCAGCGUGGGUAUUGUUUGCGAACAAGUACGUACAAAUAUGUUGCUUUCAAUCGGGUCCGCAAAGUACAUUGUUGAUUGUACCAGUGAAGCAUCAUUACAAUGAUAUGGUAAACAGUACGAAUAAUGACACCAACUCGCUCCAAGUACGAACGAUCAAGCGAUUGGGACCGAUGAUGUUCGCCGUCCAAGAACAAGCGUUAUAUUUUUAUAAUAGUUGUCAAGCUCAGGCAAGUGUUGCAAAUAUGGGCCCUACAGAAAUGUUGGUUAGUUACCGACAAUUAUCAGAAACUUUCGAUGAAACCUCCAUGCUCGAGGAGGACGAAACGGAUGUUACGGACGAAUCGGAAAAUGAAAGCGUCGAUGAGGCACCGAUAAAGGUAGGAAAGAGGACAGGAAACGCAGAAGAUGAUAAUGACCAGGAUGAAACCGCCAACAACAUGGAUGAUGAUGAAGAUUACGACAAUGAUAAAUCGAGCGGCCCAACACCAUCCGCCAUGGGCACUAGUAAACAGCGAAAGAAAGGUUCAACUUCUAAACCAUCUAAAAAUGGAAAUUAUAAGCCAAUUCUAAAACGCAAGAUCUUGGCUGAAGCAGAGGAAAGUGCGCCAGAGAAACAGCUCCCGUUGAAGAAGAAGAAGCAGAAGAAGAAAUCAUCUCCCGUUGAAGUUCUUGAGACGGCUACUACUGUUGCAAAGGUGCCAAAAACGGGCUCGAAAAAGACUAAAAAAUCCCUUCUUCUAAUUGGAAAAAAGGAGAAAUCGAAGAAAUCGAAAUUGAAAAAGAAAAUUGCAGCAUAAAACAUCGAAUGUUUUAUGAUCAGAAAUGUACUAUCUGACCAUGAUUCGCUAGAAGUGCAGAUUGCUUUUGCGGUGAUGAAAUUCAUAUUUGUUGUAAAUAAAAUUGCAUCACCAACAUCAUGCACUGAGCACAGUAUGGUUCGAUCGUAGGGAAACACAUCAGACCCAUACACAACAAGUUGUAUACCGCAGCGAUGAAUUCAAGCACCAAAUAAAGCUUCAAAUAUCGUUUUUCAGUUUCUAUGAACGAUCGUCCCCAAAAAAACACGAACAUAAAUUUCACACCAAAGCAGCGCUUUUAAGUGAACGCACAUAAGAUGUUUGGAGCAUCGUUCAUUGGACUGAUAUUAGGAACCAGGGUUAAAAAAAAAGUUGAGCGUUUCCGUUCUUUUUUCCCAUUUCAAGUAUAAUAAGAGUAUUGAAUGAAAAUAAACAUAAUCUUUCUUACAAGGAAAUUCAGAAAUAGCAGGCUUAGUCGUCUUGAGAUUGUGAUACCUAAACAAUCUGUAUAUCUACGAUAUAAACAACAGUGCAUUUCUUUUUCCAACUUCAUUUUAAUUCCUCCACAACGAUUGUCGCAAACAAUCAUCAGGAAAAACGAACGGUUUUCUGAAUUUAGAUACUAAGAGAACAUACUACGGACGAGGUAACACUAAACGUGGUGCGCAUCCGUUUGCAUACCCUUCGGAUGAUUACGCGAAACGAGCUACGCUAUAAAAAAUUAUAUCUGACGUAUAGCAGCAGCAUAGAAAAGUUUUCAUAAUGACUUAUAGAAGGCGCUGAAGUGUAAAUUCCGACGUAGUGCAUUAUACUGACAUGCAGAUGUCGCUAUCAGAUAUUUUCAAGUGACAAAUUUCAGCUCUUGCGUUGGAUGCUCUGUUGUUAUUACGGAUCGAAUUUUUCUCUUGUAUCUCGAAUCAAAAACGACGACGAAUCUCGCGUUCUUCGGCAACAACGAUUUUGAACGAUAAGUUAAGCAAAUGUUUUGAAAAGGAGAUAGAAAAUUUAAUUACUAAUUUAUCAUCGUUAAUCGCAGUGUUGCAGCAAUACGGUCAGGUCGUUUUUUU